CCGCCAAUAAACAGUAGAAGAAGAAGAAGAAGAAGAAGAAGAAGAAGAAGAAGCGUAUAGAGGUCGAACAAUGGCGGUGCCGUCCAAGAAAGUGUUCGAGGUCUUUGUGUCCAAAAUACCAUGGACUGUUGCUGGCAGGGAGAUGAGGGAGUACUUUGCACAGUUUGGCCCAGUCAAGAAAUGUCUUCUUCCGUUUGAUAAAGAAACAGGCUUCCACAGAGGCUUCUGCUGGGUGGGAUUCACCACAGAGGAGGGACUGAACAAUGCACUGCAAAAAGACCCACACAUGCUGGAGGGGGCAAAGCUCCAGGUUCAGAGGAACAGACGUCCCUUUCCAGGGCAGAAGUCGAACAAAGACAGUGAAUAUGACUGAAACUCUGGGAUCCUGAUGUGUGGAUGAGACAGGCAAAGGCUCAGAUUCAUUCAGUCUGCCUCAGCUGCUUGAUAUGUGACAUUUUUGCAGUUCUGUUUGGGACAUGUAAAAAAUCUGACCAGUACACUGGGAUUGGUUUAUGUAUAUCCAUUCUGAAGUAUGACCCCGGUGUGUUCCUCCCUCUGUACACCUUAAGUUAAUUUGAGCUUGACCAUUAUUGCUGUUGUUUUAAUGUCCAGUUGUAAUGUCUAUUUAUUGUCAGUGAUAAUGUUGUACUUCCUGUCACUAUCCUGUCACACACCGCCAACAGUACAUAUUGGGAAGGUUUAUGAAACAUCAUUCACUCAUUUCCAGUGUAUGGCAAUAAAAACUGUGUUAAAGUCU